AAAGCAUGAAGAGCUUUGUCGUAUCAUAUGUUUUUAAAUAUGUAACUAAGCAGAAUAUACUGCAGUGCCGGAAGAACUAAUGUAUUUCUUCUAUACAGGUUUCUCGGGAAAGAGGAGAGCAGUUGGCCGUAGAAUAUGGCAUAAAGUUUAUGGAAACUUCUGCAAAAGCCAGUAUCAAUGUGGAAGAAGCUUUUCUAACAUUGGCUAGCGAUAUAAAAUCAAAAAUGGAAAAACGAUUGGAAGCCAACAACCCACCAAAGGGAGGUCAUCAAUUAAAGUUUGCCGAAAAUCGAAAAACAGAGACUUGGUUAUCGAGAUGUAAUCUACUUUGACGCGUUCAAAUAAAUUUGCAUACCAUAGAAACAAACAUAA